AUGACUGCUCGACAAAUCAAGACGUUAUCAUCAUCAGAGCCACAUCCAUCUUUGGCCUCUACAUACAUUCCACCGCCUAACUCUUCGCUGCUUCCAAGUUUCCUUUCUCAAUCAACAUUAAUCCCUCCUCCAGCUUACGAUUCAUUCUCGGCCACUACCACUCCAGUAAUUUCGUCACCUUUUAUGGCAGCCGAGAGCAGAUCAUAUCAGCCUUACUUGGCUAAUCCAGAGAUUUGCAACGAAUCUACCGGAAAUAAGGAUACUCUAUCAACAUCAUCGUUGUCGUCAAAUCAAGUACAACAGUUACCAUUACUCACAUCAGAGCAAGCAUCACCAGGUACCUAUCAGCGUUCAGCUUGCGUUCAACUGCCAGUUCACUCGAAUGUCUAUCCAUACGUGCCGUCACUGUAUCAACAACAAUCGCAACAAACUCUCGAAACUCCUUACCACCAUCAAACGUCUCUUUAUUCGACUACACAAUAUCCUUCUUAUCAUCUCCAAUCUCAAUCGCUUCCCCAAUUUCCUUUACACAAUAAUCACCAAAUCAACCACAAGGACUUGUUUCGUCCCGACUUGAACUAUAAUACGCAGUGUCAGUUCGAUGGAGAAUACUAUGCUUCGAACGCUCAGACUGCUUACGUGUCGAUCGGGAAUGGUUUUGGAAUGUGUGAAGCUGCGGCAGGUAGUAGUGGAACCGGUAUUAAUCCGAAAGCAGUUUUUGAUGUCUGGUGCGCCGUGAAUAACCAAAAUGUCGAAGGAAAAGUUGAAAACGAGAAUGUAAACAGUGAAUGCGGCUCAAAUAUUUUGAGUUAUGAGAAUACCGUCAACGAAGCGAGUACUACUGAUAGUAUCGUCGGACAAGUAGGAAAAAGGAAACGCCAAAAAGUCGAGCAGUGCACAAGUACAAAUACGAUGCGUUCUUAUUCUAGCAAUGUUUCUUUUACGUCUGAUUCCGAACUCAUUUCACCUGUUCAUCAACCCACGCAACCAUUCUCUCGUCAUUCUGCUUCAUCUUCAGCCGCUCGCUUGUCUAAUGGUUCUAAUUCUCAAGCCGAAAAAAAAUCUAGAAAACGUCGCAGAAGAAAGAUCAAAGCUGUACUUGAUACCGGGAAAUCCACAAAGGACGAGCCAAGGACGAAGCUAGGAGAGCUUUAUAGAUGUGCGAAUUGUGGAACGAAAGAGACGCCCGCUUGGAGGAGGGAUCUUGAAGGAAAGGAACUAUUGUGUAAUGCGUGUGGAUUGUAUUUAAAAAUUAAAGGUAUUCAUAGACCAACAGAAAUAGGCCCAGGUGGUGAGAUCAGGUUGAUUAGACCGGAUAAAUCUGAUGACGAUUCGCAGAAAUGUGCUAAUUGCGAAACUAGUGACUCGCCAUGUUGGAGAGGGCCUAAUGGGCGUAAAUUGUGUAAGUAG